AUGCAAUUGAAAUAUUUAAAAACUUUAUUAGAGGGUCAGGAGCACAUCAAUCGAAUUGCUGGUUUGUCCUGGUCACCGAAUCACAAAAAAUUAGCUGUCGCCACAGCAGAUCGUCAUAUUUUACUGUUUGAUGAGUUGGGCGAAAGACGUGAUAAAUUCUCAACGAAACCCUCAAAUCCUGCCAAUGGCAAACAUUCGUAUGUGAUACGUGGUCUAGCAUUUAGUCCUGAUUCAACAAAAUUAGCUGUUGGCCAGAGUGACAAUAUUGUCUAUGUCUAUAAAUUGGGCGAAUCAUGGAAUGAUAAGAAAGUUAUUUGUAAUAAAUUUCCACAAUCCACUGCCGUGACAGCGUUAAUUUGGUUAACGUCUGGUGCCAUAAUUGCAGGCCUCGAUGAUGGCAAAGUUCGUGCUCUACACUGUAAGAAUAAUAAAUCUCAAAGUCUAUAUGGUGCCGAUAGCAUCUGUAUAUCAUUAGCGCCCAAUACUAAAGGAACCGGAUUUCUAUCGGGCCACAAUGAUGGCACCAUAAUACGUUAUUUUCUAGCCGAAGAUGGCAAUGAAUCAUCAGGACGUGUAAUACAACAUCCUGUACCACCAUUUGCAUUGGCCUGGCCACAAGGUGGUUUCUGUGUGGGUGGCUGUGAUCAACGUAUAGUGUUUUAUGAUACAAUGGGCAGACAAAUACGUACAUUUGAUUACUCACGUACUGAAGGUGAACGUGAAUUUACUGUUGCUGCUUGUAGUCCCAACGGACAGGCUGUGGCAUUUGGCAGCUUCGAUCGUGUACGUAUAUUUAGCUGGAGUCCACGUUUGUCGGCAUGGAGUGAGAGUGCUACCAAGGACAUUAAUUUCUUGUAUACGCUGACAUGCUUGCUCUGGAGACGUGAUGGUGCCAGGUUGGCCAUGUCCAGCGUUACUGGAGCCGUCAUAGUAUUCGAAUCCGUCUUGAAACGCACAAUAUGGCAAGAUAAAUUCGAACUCAUCUUUGUUGCACCCAGCCAAUUAUUGGUGCGUUCCAUGCAAGAACCCCAUGAUCAACUGACCAUAGAAUCUCAAUUGGGUUUGGAAAUCGACGAUGUGCGUAUAAUGGGUAAAGAUAAUUAUCUAGUGGCUCGUACAGAAGAGUCUCUAAUACUUUGUGAUUUAACGAGAAAUCUGGUUAGUGAAGUACCGUGGACUGCUUCGGGCAGGCACGAACGUUUUUAUUUUGAAAACCCCACUGUAUGUUUAAUAUUCAAUGUGGGCGAGCUGAGUUUGGUGGAAUAUGGAGAAUCGCAAAUAUUGGGUUCUGUACGCACGGAAUUUGUAAAUCCUCAUGUUAUAUCGGUGCGUUUGAAUGAGCGCGGUAAUACCAGGGAUAAUAAGAAGCUGGCCUUUCUUUUAGAUGCCAAAACAAUUUGUGUGGUAGAUUUAUUAAGCCAAAUGAUUAUUGGCCAAGUUAAUCAUGAGACCAAAAUCGAUUGGAUUGAAUUAAGUGAAACAGCUCACAAGUUGCUGUUUCGUGAUAAGAAAAUGCGUUUGAUUUUAAUUGAUAUUUAUUCAGGCAAAAAGCAGACUCUGCUUAACAAUAUUUCCUUUGUGCAAUGGGUUCCACAAAGUGAUGUGGUGGUGGCUCAAAGUAAUAAUAAUUUGGCCAUUUGGUAUAACAUGGAUUUGCCCGAACAUUUAACCUUGAUGCCCAUACGCGGUGAAGUCUUGGAAGUUGUUAGGGAAGGGGGACGUACCACAGUUUGCUCCCAGGAAGGACCCACUGAACACUCUUAUCAACUAGACGAGGGUUUGGUGGAAUUUGGCACAGCCGUUAAUGACAGUGAUUUUGGCAGAGCCAUACAUUUUCUGGAAACUUUGGGUGACAAACCGGCUGCCAAAGCCAUGUGGCAUAAUUUGGCCAUUAUAGCUAUGGAGGAUGGUAACCUAAGAGUGGCCCAACGUUGUUACGCAGCCCUGGGUAAUGUUUCAAAGGCAUUCUAUCUAAAUGAAAUGAUACAGCAAGCCGAUAAAUAUGAAGAAGCCACUCUAUCGCCAGGCAUUAUGUGUCCCGAAGUACGGGCUAAAUUGGCUCUGCUAUCCUCGGAUCUUAGAUCAGCCGAAAGAAUUUAUCUAGAACAGGGUGAUAUUGAAGCCGCUUUGGAAAUGUACAAGAAAUUACGUAUGUGGGAUGAGGCCGUAAGUUUGGCGGAAAGAAGGGGCUAUAUGGGUUUGCAGCAAUUAAAGGAUGAGCAAAUGUCAUUUCUACUAUCAACUGAUCAAGAGGAAAAGGCCGGCCAGGUGCUGGAAGAACAGGGAGAGGUGGAAAAGGCAAUGACACUUUUUCUGAAGGCUAAUAAGCCAGCUAGAGCGGCUAGGUUAGCUUUGAAGGUGCCACAUCUCAUGGAUGAUCAUCCCUUGAUGAUGAAAGUCACCGAGGGUUUGGUUAAUACGGAGCUUUACGAAAUGGCUGGCGAUAUUGCUUAUCGUCUGUCUCGACCUGAGGCUGCCUUGACUUUAUACCGCAAGGGUGGAGCUUAUGCCAGAGCUUUAGAUUUGGCUCGGAAAAUUUCGCCUGAUGAGGUAACCUCCCUGGAAGAAGAAUGGGGAGAUUGGCUAGUGGCACGCAAACAAAUGGAUGCCUCUAUAAAUCAUUACAUAGAAGCAGGAGCCACACAAAAGGCCUUGGAUGCCGCAGUUGGUGCCAAACAAUGGCGUAAGGCAGUGCAAAUUGCCAAGGUUUUAGAUGAACCAGAAGAAAUUCAACGUUAUGCCCUGGAUCUAUCCAAACAUUUAGCCUUUUCCGGUGAUAUAGAUGGUGCUGAGGACUUGUUGGUAAGAGCCAAUCUCUUUAAAGAGGCCAUAGAACUUUUAAAUCGCAAUGGCAAAUGGGAAAGGGCCUAUGCUGUGGGUGAAAAGUACCUAAAAUCGGAAGAAAUGCAUGAUUUAUUUGUCAAUUUGGCAGCUGGUUUGGAAGAGCAGGGCAAAUACCGUGAUGCAGAAAAGGUACUGUUGGCCGUUAAUGAGCCCGAUUUGGCUAUAGCCAUGUAUAAGCGUAGAGAGCUUUAUGAUUCUAUGAUACGUUUGGUAGAGCGUUAUCACAAAGACUUGCUAGAGAAUACCCAUCAACAUUUGGGCCGUACUUUGGAGUCUAAGGGAAAGUUCAAGAAUGCCGAAGUUCAUUAUUUGGCUGCAGGUGAUUGGAAAUCUGUGGUGCAUAUGUAUUGUACUGCAGGACGUUGGGAGGAUGGCUACCGGGUGGCUAAACAAAAGGGCACUGAUGGUGCUAGCAAUCAAGUGGCCUAUAUGUGGGCCAAGUCCAUGCCUGUCGAAAGUGCCGUGAGGCUUUUAACGAAAUUGGGUCUUUUAGAUACAGCUGUGGGUUUUGCUUGCGAUUCUGGACAAUUUGAUUUUGCCAUGGAUCUGUGUCGUUUUGCUGGAAAAUCCACUGAUGAGGUGCAUCUUAAAAUUGCCAUGUCUCUGGAAGAUGAGGGUAAAUUUGAACAAGCCGAAGCCGAGUUUAUCAAAGCCAAUAAACCCCGUGAAGCUAUACUUAUGUACACACAUGCUGGUGAUUGGAAGGCGGCACUUAAUGUAGCCGAAACUCAUCUACCCGAUGCUGUAACUGAAAUCCUUAUAAGUCAAGCUAAUGCGGCUUUGGAAACUCGAAAUUUGGCCGAUUACGAGUCUUUGCUAUUGAGAGCACAACGACCCGAUUUGAUUAUAGAAUAUUAUAAGAAUGAAGGCAUGUUUGAUGAAGCUAUACGAGUAGCAGAAGAUCAUGUUCCCUCUACUCUAAAUGAUAUCAGACGUUUACAAGUCCAAGAGGAAAGACGCAGUGGUAGUGGUCAACCAAAUGAUUCGAGAGCUUAUCUUCAAAGGGCUGCUGAAUUUGCCAGGAAAGAAGAUUUUCGCAAAGCAGCAGAGUGUCUAAUGCAAAUUGAUACUACGAAUGCCGAAGAUACAGCCACUAUUGAAAGGGCUCUCUUAAGAGCAGCUGAGAUUUGUAAUCAAUUUCUGGAGGGCCAAGAUGCCAUGGAUAUUGCCAACCAACUGGCUCCACGUUUACUGCAAAUCAAACAAAUCGGACCAGCUGCACAGCUAUUUUUGGCUGCAGACAUGCCCAAAGAGGCAGUCGAUGUCUUCAUAACAGCCGAACAGUGGUCUAAGGCUCGAAGAUUAGCCAAAGAACUUGAUCCUGAGCUAAUGGCUUAUGUGGAGUUGCAACAAAAGACUCGUCUGAAGAGUGAGGGCAAUGUGGAACAAUUGGCCGAUAUAGAUAUUGUUAGUGCCUUGGAUAUGUUGGCCGAACAGGGUCAGUGGCAACGUUGUCUGGAUAAGGCCAAACAAAUAAGUUCACCGGUUUUGCAAAAAUAUGUAGCUAUAUAUGCAGCUCAGUUAAUACGAGAUGGUGAUUGUAUUUCCGCUUUAGAACUAUACAUUAAUUAUGGAGCUCCUCCAAUCGAAGCAAAUUUUAAUAUUUAUACACGUAUUGCUCUGGAUUUAUUUGCUUUAAGAGAAGAACAAUUGGUGGAUGGUAUUUGGAAGAAAUUGAGAGAUUUUCUUUAUAAGCUAUUGCAGUCUCUUAAAUCCUCGGACUUUUCGCAAGCUCCCAUAACCGACAACAUGGAGCAAUAUUUAUUAAUUGCCCACUACUAUUGCACCAGAAGUGGCUGUCGUCAGGUACAAUCCUUACAGCCCAUAGCAGUUAGAUUAUCUAUAGCUCUUUUACGUUAUACCGAUAUAAUACCGGUGGAUAAAGGAUUUUUUGAAGCCGGCAUGGAUCUACGCAAUGCCGGUCGCGAAGCAGAAGCCUUUGUUAUGCUCAAUCACUAUUUGGAUGUAUGCGAAGCCAUUGAAGAGGGUUCCGGCAAUUUAGUAGAUCAUAGUGAUUUAACAUCAACCGAUUUUCCCAGUUCAGUACCAUUGCCCGAGGAAAUACAUUUGAAAAAUGAUCCCGAUCUACACGAAGAAGUAAGAGAGUGGGUGUUGGCUGUGAGUAUGGAUCAGCAAGUGGAUCAGGUGUUGCCUACCGAUGAGCGUGGCUUAUAUGAAUCCAGUUUGGGUUUAAAUGAUGUGGCCUGUAUUUUAAGUGCUUAUCCUGUUAAGGGUCGCCAGCCCGUGACCUUUCAGUCAUCUAUACGUCAAGCUAAUCGGGAUGUAUGGAGUAAAUUUUCGGUGGCUGUUAAAUUAUCGCCCAGCAGUGAAGUGGGCGAUAUUAUACAAUUCACAGAAAGGUGGAAUGGCUUGGCAAAUUUUGUAAUGCAUUGAAAUAAGUUAAUGGUUUUUAAUGUUUAAUAAUUAGUGUAGUAAUGCUUACAUUUUGAUGUUUCUAGUGAAUUUGUGAACAAU